AUGCAGGCUUCCACCAGUGCCGCUGAGGCUGGCGGAGGACACGCGACGAGGAGAGGCCAUAUAACCCAUCUGUCCAUUAGCGAUCCUAGCCACCAUGUCACAGAAGCGAUCGGACACAUGUACGACGACGACUACGACCGAAACGAUCCUAGGCGUUUGAGUUAUAUAUCCUCUCCCCAUGCCGAGUCCAUCACAACAAUCCCGCGAGGAGCCGCAAAUUCCGAAGUAUCGCACGCAUCUCAACAAAUCUCGCCGGUCGAGGGUCAAAAGCAGACAAAUGGACAUCUCCGCCCACCACUGGCCUCCCCCCGGUCCUUUGAUCGGAACAGCGACCUUGGCACACCUGAGCUAACUCGAUCGCCAUCGGAAACCGCGACAGCCUCCUUCCCUUUAAACGAUGUUGACUAUGAAUCAGAUCCCGCUGCAGUAGUCCAGGAACUGAACAACCUUGCUGCCAUUCGGCGCAUGUCCAUGGAUGUUGCGGCUGCUGGCGAUCCUGACCUUCCAUCCUUUGGCAGCAACCUUUCCAUUCCACCCAGCCCACCUUCUCCCUCCGCCGACGAGAACGAUGCAUCCAGGUUGUUUUGGGUUCCGGCGAGUUUGCACCCCGAGCUGGCACCAGGGGAGUUCAAGUCGUUUCUGGAUAGCAAGGCCGACUUGAUCAAACGGAAAUCUGGCGACUAUUCCUCUCUCGGACCCGAACGCCCAGGUUCCCAGAGCAGCCUUCGCCGGAAGAGGUCGAUGUUAUCGAAGCAGAUCGACAACUCUGCUGGUUAUACAGAUGGCGCAGAGCGGCUGGAGCGCCAGCGCUCGCAAGCAAGUAGGCGAGAUGGAAUGCUGAGCCCGAAUCUGCAGGAGCUAGAAACUCUGGUUGAUGAUUCUCCAACAAAUAAAGAUACAUUGAUCCGGGAUUUGCAAAAUGCCAGCAUUAAUGCCAGCGAGGAUAGACCCAUUCUACCGCCAGCACCCGCAAGUCAUAGUUUGCGGCGAUCAACCCGGACACAAUACCGGAAAGGCAGCUUGAAAAAGGGCGAAAAGCCUCCCUACUCCAAACGAAUAGGCAGGGGUCUCUCGGAAUCAGCCGACUCGGCUCCAGCGAUUAUUCCCCCACCCGAUGAUAAAGCCGUCCUUGGUCUCACUGGUAUAUCGUCGGAUUCUGCCCCAUCAACCCGAACAGCCAGAACCCCAUCCACAUCAUCCCGAGCGACAGCCAACACUCAGGGCUCCAUAGCAAGAUCAACAUUUGACUCGAUUCUUGACAGCCCAGAGGCCGAACAAGAAGCGAUGUCAUCUGGCGCCCAUCCGGAUACCACAAGUCAACUUGACGCCGAGGCACAAGCGAACGCUGCUACCUAUGCCAGACAAUGGCAGUCACGUAUCGACCACAAUGGCCGACCUACAAAUACGCCAUCUACUGAACCAGCAGCUACCCCCUCCACUGUCGAGUCACAAGCAACCGAACAUAAUCCUCCACCAUCUACUUCAUCAUCACAAUCCAGUCGCUCAGCGGACCGCGAUGUAACAACAUCUUCAUACUCAUCUAAGUCAACAAAUUCGUCAGUGGAUACCACCCCAAGCAAGCGAUCCUUAAUGGGACCGAGUCGACAGGGUCGAGAGACAACCCAAACUCUCAACGACUUUGCCAACAACCCCCAGAUGAUACCUGGUAACAGCACCCGUACAGAUAGCCUAUCAUUCAUUCCGACCAUUCCGGAAGAGCGCAGAUCUGAUGACCGCAAGACGGAGGGCAAAAAGUCAAAGAAGGACGAUAGUAGCCGCAAGUCCAGCUGGGGUUGGCUAAUGAAAAGUGAAGAGAAGGAUAAGAAGAAAGAGAAAGACAGCGACUCGAGAAAAGCGAAGUCAAGGAUUGCCGAUAAGGUCCACAGCAGCAAUCAUCGCCCAGAAGCCUCAUCGCAGUCGUCUUUGGACAGUACCCCUAAGGGUCGGGAAAGUCUGAUUAUAGACCGCCUGGACCCUAGAUUGGAGGAAGAGCGACGGAAGGAUGGUGCUCGCAGAGCUUCAGGUGAUAAGAAAGAAAAGGACGGUAUUUUCUCCUCUAUCUUCGGUGGUGGGAGAAAGAAGCACGGUGGAGAAAGUUCCCAUCAUAGAAAGAACUCUUCUCGAAACCUGUCGCCUGAUCCUCCAAUGCGCGAAUUUCGGGCAGAUGUCGACUACCCUUGGACUCGCUUCACAAUUCUUGAAGAACGAGCGAUCUACCGCAUGGCCCAUAUUAAGCUGGCAAAUCCUCGCCGGGCUCUUCACUCUCAGGUGUUGCUGAGUAACUUCAUGUACUCAUAUCUGGAAAAGGUGCAGCAGAUGCAUCCCCAGAUGGCGGCUUCUUCUGGAUCGUCCAGAUCGUCCAGGUCUCGGGAACGAGAACAACAGCCAGACGAGUACCUCCAAUACCAGCGAUACCAAGAAGCGCAAGAGCAAGAACAUUACGGCGACUCUGCAUAUGAUGAGUCGUCCAUGUACGACUACGAUGACGAUCCACGCGAUCGCUACCAGGCUAACGGGCAGAGCAAGCAGGGUUAUGAGAAUGGCCACUCUUACAGCUCAGACCAUUACCAGUAUGAGCACUCGUCCUUUGGUGAUGAUGCGCAACUGGAUGACGACGAUGACGAUGAUAUGUGGUGA